UUUUGAAAAUAACCCGCCGGAAAAAGGUGUUGACGCAGUUUGUUAGUGUCAACAGCAGCGACCAGGUGUUCGGUUCCUUCAGACCCCUGCGAGCCCCACAGAGGAAGACGCAUCGCCUUCACCACCACGGACUCUGGCUGCUACUCUGUCGAAGACUAAGCUUCUUUCAUCACUGUACAGACUGAGUUAGUGAGUGGGUGCUGUAGCGCCCUUCUGCAGUGAGCGUCAUGUCUUCAGAGCUGCUGGUGGAGUUUGGUGAAGACGCUACGACUGCACAGCUGGGACCACUGAAGCUUACCACUUUGGAGGACCAGCAGUGGCCAGCUGAUGAGUCUACUCUCAGCAAGUCAGAGAUGGAUGUUUCCCAGCGCUUUGACGCUAACUCCCCCCACCUCCCGUGGGACCAUCCCUACUAUGACAUCGCCCGGCAUCAGAUCAUUGAAGUGGCAGGUGAUGAUAACUUUGGCAGGAAGGUGAUAGUGUUUAAUGCAUGCAGGAUGCCUCCACAUCACCAGCUGGAUCAUCACAAGCUGCUCAUGUAUCUUAAAGGAACCCUGGAUCAGUAUGUGGAAAGUGACUACACACUGAUCUAUUUCCACCACGGGCUGACCAAUGAAAACAAACCCUCUCUCAGCUGGCUACGAGACGCAUACAGAGAGUUUGACAGAAAGUACAAGAAGAACAUCAAGGCUCUGUAUAUCGUCCAUCCGACCAUGUUCAUCAAGACUCUGCUGAUCCUCUUCAAACCAAUCAUCAGUUUUAAGUUUGGCAGGAAAAUCAACUAUGUGAACUAUUUGAGUGAGCUGGAGGACGUGGUGAAAUGUGAGCAGCUGAUCAUUCCUGCCCGUGUCAAAGAGUACGACAACAAGCUGAGAGCAUCUCUGAAGCCGAGCGCACAGCCCCUUGUGUCUCCUCUUCACAGCCCCCCCCUCCCCGGGCAGGUGUUUGGAGUGCCUCUUGUAAUGCUAAGACAGAGGAGUCCAGAUGGAGAUGCUAUUCCUGCGGUGAUGAGAGACACCAUCAGCUUCCUGUCAGAGCAAGGUUUGGAGAUUGAAGGGAUCUUCAGACGCUCUGCUAACGUGACUUUGGUGAAGCAGGUCCAGCUCAGAUACAACUCCGGUGAGAAGGUGGAUUUCAGAGAGAUGGAAGACAUCCACCUGGCUGCUGUGAUUCUGAAGACUUUUCUGAGGGAAUUACCUGAGCCUCUGCUCACCUACCAGCUCUACAACGACAUCAUCAACUUCAAUGCUGUUUCCAGUGACAACCAGGAGUCUCUGAUGAAGACGCUGGUGGAGUCGCUGCCAGAGGAGAACUAUGCAACACUUCGAUUCCUCAUCACAUUCCUGGCACAGGUAUCUGCCAACAGUGAAGUGAACAAGAUGACCAACAGUAACCUGGCCGUGGUGUUUGGUCCUAAUCUGCUCUGGGGGCGGGACAACGCCAUGUCCCUCAGCGCCAUUGGGCCAAUCAACAACUUCACCAGAACCCUGCUGGACCAGCAGCAUCUGGUCUUUACCUAAAUUUUCCUCUUCCCAGUCAGUACCACUAGACACGUUAAAAAGAUCCAGUAGAUCAGCUAUAUUUCAUUCAGUAUCACUUUCCCAUUGGCCCAUGAGCAGGGUCUCAUUGUCAUAUCAGAUAGCCUGCUGCUAUCUGCUGGUCCUCUUGUCUACGUAAUUGCAGGCAUAUGGGUGCAACAGGUACAGAUUAGACUGCCGCCAGGGGUCACUUUGGUGCAUUCCAUCUGCUCUUGUUGUUGCUUUUUGUCCUUCCCGUUCACAUUAAUCUCAGUCUCAUAAUCUCAUAAACAAAGAACUAGCUAACGGUGAGGUGAAAGAGUCACUCCUGGGUUUUGUCUUAGCAUUUUAUUUCUCCAGAGACCCUGAAAAAAAAUGAUCACAAUUAAAGAACUGGUUGUCAAUAUCCUGACACACUAGUUCCUACAAGUCCCACAAUGCAGCUUAAUUUGAGCUGCUUGGUGGAUUCGAUCUUGUAGUUAUUUGUAGUCUCCCGGCCAAGCUGACAUCACUUUGACACAUGUGAUACAGUUGAGGACAAAUAAAGGUUUGUCACACAAUCAAGGAGUGUCUUUCACCACAUCAUCAUAAUCAUGUCCACCCCAACAACAGCAUUCCUUGAUGCAUGUGUUAAAAUCUCAUUGUAAUCCAGCUGAGAUUUAUACAGGCAGACUAACAGUAGUUGGCCUCAGAUCUCUGUAUUCAGACUGUCUAUAUGUUGUCACAUAGAAAGCAGGCCGAUGGCAUUCCAUCAAUAAUACGCAUAUAUUUCUCCAUUGUCUAUUUGUCCCUCUAUUAUGAAAUAGAAGAGCUGAGUAAUAAUGGAGUAAAGACACAGGCGAGGAAGAUGGCUCUGCUGUCCACCACUCGCUCUUUACAUAAAACACACUUUUAUUUUUGUCUGUCAUUGACUUGUGUUUUGAUUAUCAUCCUGUGCCCUGGGACAACGUUAUGCACUUUAAUUCACUACCCGGAGCAGCAGGGCUGAAGUGGAAACAAAUAAAGGCCAAACUAAAAAUCCAUUUGAUUUUGCUGAAAGCUGAGCUGUAGCAAUCUGCUAAAUAGUUGGUAGUAAUCAGGCCAUGUAUUGUUCCAUACAUAAUAGAUAUAAUACGGGUUCUCAUUGUUACUAUUAUUAGGCUAUCAUUAUUGGUAUUAUUUCAAGUUUAACAUUAGGACUGGAUUAAAUAAAUAAAAAUACCUAACAGGGAGCUUUUACAAUUGUUUUAUCCUAAAGGUAUUUCAUUUUAGAAACUGAUCUGCAACUUUAAAUUCAGUUCAUUCAGGUGUAAAGGGAUAUCAAUCAACAAAGGCCAGUAUAUUAUAGUCUCACCUUCUAAAAAGAUAUGUGUCCAGUUACUUUAUCAGUGGUUAUUAACAUCCCUUAUUUCAGCUUUAUUCCUCUCUGUUUCUUCUUGGUUACUCCAGAGGAUGGAGCUCUUAUGUUUAGUAUUUUCUGUGCCUUUAUUCCAGAUGUAUGUUUGCUUAAAAAGUUGAUCUUUUUAUCUCUUUAGUGGAGCUUCACAUUACCUCCUUUUUAAUAUUCACCAUAGUCAAUAUGAGAAAUUCUGGUUCUAUUACUGGUGAAAGCUUCUGGUCUCCAUGACCUCAUUCCUCCUUUUUGGAGAACCUUGUGUGACUCCUGUGCUAUUCCGACUGUUGGGUCUCUCCUUCUCUCUGACUUGUGUUUAUCGCCCUAAAGUCGUGGGCAGUAAUACAAACAUUUGAUUGGCUGAGCAGCAUCACGUGAUGAGAUUUACCCGGACCGCUAAACAAGUUCCGUAAAGGCUGAAAAGCUGCACCGGUUAAAAAAUAGGUGCUCAUUUUAAAAUUGAAUACUUCUCAAUUAUGAAUCGGUUGUAGGUCUAGAUACAAUGCGUCUGGAUCCGGAUAGGAUUAGGCCAACUAUGAUUAAACCCUAUUUAGAGCAUCCAAGGGUUUCGGUUUGGCUGCAGAAGAGUUGCUUGAAUGGAAUCGGCUGUCUCCUGCAUUGCCUAGUACUUUUGCGUAGUUCCAAAGCCAAAUGUUAUUUUCUGCAACUAUCUCUGUCUGUACUCCGAUGCAUCCUCAAGUUGAUUUAGUCUUAAUUCAGUUCCACAAGCCUUGAAUUUAAAGAACUUUUUCUUCAAAUUCAGCAUUGCAUUCUGUGUCAAAUCAAACAGAUUAUUCAUAUUUGAGCUGCUCAGUGUUAUACUGUACGUGACUUUGGAUGCAAGUCACAGAAACCACAUUGAGUCAGCAGUUUGACUUUUGUGACCUUGAACAUUUGUCUUCUUUCUGUAGUCAUGCAGUUCAUGUUAAAGGCGUCUGGCCAAAUUAUGCUAUUUAGUUUUCUGAAUGGCCAAAGUACUUGUUAUUAGUGUUGUAAUGUUUCCAAUGUUACUUAAUAUGAUGUGACUGAAAAGCACCAAAAGAUAUUUAGUUUGACUGACGCUAAAAGCAAAAAAAAUCAACCUCCGAUGUUAACCUGUUGUACCAAAAUGUCGAUACUGUGGUAAUUGGCAUGCUAUCAGUGUGUGUAUGUAACUAGGGCUCCUGUUAGUUUAUAUAUAAAUAUAUUGUAUGUAAACGUAUUUUAAAACAACAGAAUUGACAUGAAUCAACAUUUUUUUUAAGGCAAAUUUAAGGUUACACUGAUGUGUGUGUGUGUACGUAAAUGUGCCUUAUCUGUCGCUCCCCAGUGAUCAUGUAAUUAGCCAUCAAAGUGCUAGUGUGCCAUUCUGCCAUAGAUGAACAAUGUGGGGUGAAUUUAUAGAAGCUGAGGGGUUAGCCUCAAAGGGUUCCGGUACUGAACACACAAGAGCACACACAGCUCAUGCCGUAAUGGAUGAUCACAAGGCUCGAGAAACAUGACCUCAUAAAUACAAAAUAUACAGAAUAUAAGAGGAUUGAUCGUCACGUUGAUGUUCUGAUACAAAGUAAGAUUUAAAUGACGAUUUUAGUAUUUAUUUGUUUACUUAAAUGGUAAUGUUGCAAGGGUUUCUACUGUGUAUCCAGUCAACUAAAUAUAUAUAUAUUCUAAUCCCACUUUGAAUUAUUAGCAUCAUUGUACAACCUGGAUGUUUCGAACAUCUGUCCAAUCUCAUUACAAAUCAGAUAUUCUAAUUUCUAUAGUAAUGUAUCAUUUCAGUUUAUUAAAUUAUAUGACAAUAGUUUCUCGUCAAUUCUGCUUAUCAAUUACAGCCCCUUCAAAUCUAUGGAUCUUUGUACUGUAAUUGUGGUCAUGGUGACAGGGAAAAAUGUUUCUCUUAGAGACAUUUUUUUUCUUGGCUGAUUUAUUGAUAAAUUGUUUAUUUCUUCUUUUCCUCCAUAACCUUUGAUAUUGUGGAUGUUAGUCUUAUGUAUUGAUGAUUAGAAUGUCAAUAAACUAAUGUCUGUGUGAAAACAAUAAAGAAUGGCAAAUAAAAGCACACACAUUGAGCUGA